AUGCACCAAACGAUACACGAUCCGAGCGACGAAGACGGCCUCCAGAGUGUCGCAGACUGCCUCGCGCGAGCAAAGAAGGUCGUGGUUUUGCUGGGUGCUGGCGUCAGUACAGCCGACUUCCGGUCGAACAAUGGCCUCUACAGGGAGGGAGAGGUCUUCACCGAAGGCGCCGCAAAUUCCCCAGAAGGGCGUGCUCGUCUGCUCAAAGUCGCGUGGGAGCUUCGUCAGAAAGCCCUCAUCGCGGGACCGACGGAGACACAUCGUCUGCUCGACACUUUGAGCAUGCGAGGCCAACUUCUUCGAUGCUACACGCAGAAUAUCGACAUGCUUGAGGAAGGGGUCGGACUAUCUGUCGGCGUCGACCCCGGAUACAGCUGUAUCCCGCUCCAUGGCUCCCUGCGUCACCUUCGCUGCGCUUCUUGCUGCAGCCUCUUCAGUAAUUGGGCAGACUAUGAAGCGUUCAUCACGGCUGGAGAAUCUGUGCCAUGCCCAUCCUGCGCCGCCUCUUGCCAGGCAAGAGUAAGUGCUGGGAAAAGGCGCAGCUAUAUCGGUCACCUCUUGCCAGACAUUGUGUUGCUAAACGGGCAGCAUCGGAAUGGUGAGGCAAUUGGUAGUAUCAUCGCCAAGGAUGUGGCCGCACCGCCUGAUUUUCUUCUGGUUCUGGGCACGAGUCUUCGGGUUCACGGUCCGAAACGGCUUGCUAGCAGACUUGCGGAAGCUGUGUCUGGUCGGCACGGGACAGUCGUCUAUGUCGAUUUGUCCGAGACGUGUUCGUGGAGCAAGCGAGUCGACUUCCAUGUCCACAUGGGUUGUGAUGAAUGGGUCCAGGAUUUGACAAGGAGACAGUCGGUUUUUUAUGGUGGCUCGGGCUCGGCGGAAGACCCUAUCAUUAUCGACUGA